UGGUAGGUUAUGUAAUUAAUUGUACAUUGCCUGCCGAAGUCAACCUGUAAAGAAAGGUCUUGCACGGCCUCCUCUAGCAACGGCACAAAAGGGCAACUUAUUCUGACAAUACAUUUCACACCAAAACAGAACAAUGUCUGAGAGAAAGGCUGUAAUCAAGAAUGCAGAUAUGUCUGAGGACAUGCAGCAAGACGCUGUUGACUGUGCAACACAGGCCUUAGAAAAAUACAACAUUGAAAAAGACAUUGCAGCCUACAUCAAGAAAGAGUUUGACAAGAAAUACAACCCAACUUGGCAUGCUAUUGUGGGCCGCAACUUCGGCAGUUAUGUGACACACGAAACCAAGCACUUCAUCUACUUCUAUUUGGGACAAGUUGCCAUUCUGCUUUUCAAGUCUGGUUAAACCGUCGUUAUUUGCUGGAAUUAUUUUGUUUCGCAGCCAGUGUUACUUAAUAAUUACAUGUACGAAGUAUUAUCAUUGGAUUGUUUAUGAGUAAGACUAAACAAUACAAUCAGAAAGUACUUUUGAACUGAAACCUGUGACUGAAUCUCUGUUUUACAUGACUCAUCAUGGAAUUUGCAAAAGUGGAAAUGAUACUGUACAUGUGAAGCACAUGGAAAAUGGCUUUAAUUUAAUUUAUUAAGAACGUUGAAGAUUGUAAUUCAUCUGCAAUGCAUGCUUGUGGGUGAAUGGUUAUUACAUCAUUACAGUUUUACUUUUACCUCAGUUUUAAUCAGUGGAAAGUGCCAUUUCUUUUGAUACAUUUUAUUGUUUAUAAUAAAAUGACAAGAGUCGAGUUA